AAGAAGGAAGUGAGAAAGGAGAAGGAGAAGGAGAAAGAGACCAGGAUGCUGUGCUAGAGAGAUUCAAAACAACAAUAAUAAUAAUAGUAAUAAAAGAAGCAAGCGUGUGAAGUAAAUAAGAAGGAAAGAAAAGAAGGAAGGAAGGAGACCAAAACACCACCGCCCCAAAAUGUUGUAAAUAAAUAAAACAAAGGAAACAAAAACUCCACCACCACCAUCGCCGCACCACCACCAUGCCGUCCCUGCUGGCCUGCCGGGGGUACGGAAGGGGAGGCGACGACAUCACCACCCUAGACUACACCCACGCCUCGCUCACUGAUGUACCUGCCGAUGUGUUUGCUUGUGAGCGGACCCUUGAAGAGCUCUAUCUCGACUCCAACCAGCUGAGGGAGUUGCCGCGCCAGCUGUUCUACUGUCACGGGCUGCGGGUGCUGGGCCUCAGCGACAACGAGCUCACAGCGUUGCCGCCGGCCGUCGCUUCGCUCAUCAACCUCACCAACAUCGACCUCAGCAAGAAUGCCAUCUCAGACAUCCCAGACAACAUCAAGGGCUGCCGACAUCUGGCGGUGGUGGACGCCAGCAUCAACCCGCUGUGCCGCCUUCCCGAGGGCUUCACGCAGCUGCCCACCCUCACAGAGCUCUACCUCAACGACACAUUCCUGGAGUAUUUGCCGGCAAGCUUUGGCCGGCUGUCUCGCCUCCGCAUCCUUGAGCUCCGGGAGAACCAGCUGAACACCCUCCCCAAGACCAUCAUCCGCCUCACCAAUCUCCAGCGCCUCGACAUUGGCCAAAAUGACUUCUCCGAACUGCCUGAGGUGAUUGGGAGCCUGGGCAACAGCGGGCUCUGGUUUGACAACAACAAGGUCAAGUCACUGCCGCCGCUGCUGGGCCGCCUGAGGAAGCUGGAGCACGUGGACGCCUCAAAGAACAAGGUUGAUUGGGUGGCUGCCGAGAUAGAGAACUGCACCGCCCUCACCGACCUCCACCUGUCAUCCAAUCAUCUUAAGGAGUUGCCAGAGAAGCUUGGAGGGUGUCGGCAGCUGCAGGUGUUGAAGCUUGAUGACAACGCCCUCACACACCUGCCGGAGUCCAUCGGGGGCCUGGCGGCGCUGCAGGAGCUGGUGGUGACCCAGAAUGACCUGGAGACACUGCCCGCCUCUAUGGGCCUCCUCAGGAACCUUCACACACUCCACCUGGAUGACAACCUCCUCACUGAGUUGCCGCCGGAACUUGGGUCGUGCUCCAACCUGACGGUGCUGACGGCGGCCUCUAACCGCCUGAUCAGUGUGCCGGCAGAGCUCGGCCACCUGCCCCGCCUGGCUGUGCUCAACCUGUGCGACAACCUCAUCCCAUAUCUGCCUGUCUCCCUCACUAAGCUCAAGUUGCGUGCAUUGUGGCUGUCAGAGAACCAGAACAAGCCUCAGGUGCAGCUACAGUCUGAGACGCUGCCGGAGACGGGCCAGCGCGUCCUGACCUGCUUCAUGUUGCCGCAGCAGCCCCGGAACCACCAGACAGAGACAGUGGUGGAGGCGGACACCUUUCCGGGUCAGGGGUGGGACGAGCAGCGGAGAGCCAAAACCCUCAUAAAAUUUGCCUUCGACGGGGAUGUGGACAAGCGGGUGCGCCUCACCGACCUGCAGAAGGACCCCACGACAGCUGCAGGCGCCAGUUGUUAUGCCCAAGACACAGGGCGCGCCAACAAGACUGCAGCUGCCACUGCCACCUUGUCCUCAGCCUCGAUCACUCAGCCAGGGAAGGGAGAGGCUUCAGAGACGGAUCUGGGCAGGAAGAGCCUCCCGUCAGACCCCUCCGCCCCCUCCCACAUCCUGGACAACGGGCGGAAGAGGGAGGACAAACACAUGGAGGAGGAGGACGAUGAGGAUGAUGAUACAGAAGGCCCAGCACCUCCCUUGGCCGUCAUGGAGCUUCCGGCAGAGGAGCGACCCCUUCUGCGUGAGGCCAGGAACGUGAGGAACCUGACGCCCUCCUCCUCCUCCUCAACUGGGGCUCCUGAGGGCGGUGAAAGGAUGGUGAACGGCACGGGCAGGAAGGCAGGAACGGCGCCGGUGGGAGAUCAGCCGUAUGCCAUUGGGGACCGGAAUGUGUUUGGUCUGGCACAGGUCAUCACCACAUCACCACCAACAAUGCAAGACAAACCAACACCACCACCCAGCGAGCCAGGAAGGGGAGGGGACACAACACCGCCACCACCACCACUGCCAACCACAGCACCACCGCCCCUGACCGCACCCACCCUUGAGGCCCCCCCCACACCUGCCUACGAAGGGGACGCAUCCUCCGAUCCCCAGGACAAGCGCAUCAAGAAGCCGCCACCUUACCAUAUAGCAGCCGUGAUGUCCCGGCACGCCUCGGACUUUGGGGGCGAGGGAGUGGCGGCUGAAGGGGCGGUGGCAGCCGUACCCAACAGCAGGCCUGGGCAGGGCACAGUCAGCAGCCAUCUCGGCCCAGCAGCAGGAGCAGGAGGGGCAGCAGGGGGUGAGGAUGAGACCAACGACACCACCAGCAGCUCCAGUGAUAGCGGCUAUGGGAACGGCAAGGCCUCCGCGCAGCCCAGUGACGAGCAGGUGUGCAGCGAGAGGAGCAGCCUCACCACACCCUCCUCGCCCCACACCCUCACCGACUCCGCCUACUCCAUGCCCUCCACGCCCUCGUCCCCGCCUGGCAGCCUCAACCUGGCCUCUCCUCACUCCACAUCCAGAUCCUUCAUGGCCUCACUCUCCACAGCCUCCCAGAGACCCUCCUCUGUCUCUGUCCCUCCCACAGCUGCCUCCCCCUCAUCCCAUUACUCUCCCUCCACCUCCUCCUACUCAUCCCCUUACCCAGCAUCUGCCAACAAUGCAUCACAGAGGUUGUUCCCCACGCAGCAUCCGCCACACAACCACUUGGCCAAACCCAGCGCCAGACCAGCAUCCAUCGCCACAGGGACACAGCUGGAGCCUUCAAAUGGUGCCCCAGUGCAGCGUCCUGGGUCCUUGGCACUCGGGGCACUUGCAGACUCGGCGCUGCUUAACCGACUGCCCCAUGAUCACAGGCCGGGGUCACUAGCAGCCCCGAUCAACACGCUAGGCAUUCCCCCGCCACCUGCUCGGGCCGUCUCGCAUAUGGGGCUCAAUGUGGCCAGUUCGUCCCGGCCACUUGACCAGUCCAUGUUCCGCAGCCAGGAUCUCGCGCGCACCAGCAACGGAGGAUGGGACCACAGGGGAAGCAACCACCGUCAGGAGAGUAACGGCCUGGUCUCCAUCAUUGAUCAGGUGACGAGCAGCUUGUUGGAGCACGGGGACAGUCCACCCCCGAAGACUCUACCCAGCGACGUGACCAGCCCCAGCACACCCUUACAAGCCAACAGCAGUGCAGCCUCAAUGGGGUACGGAGGGAAGGACCAACAACCACCUCCAGUAACAGUGACGGCCAACUCCAGCGUCUCCUCUCACACCUACCGCACCACCACCAACACCUUCGCCGCCACUAGUCGCUCCGUGGGGCCGACCAACUUCACUCAGGAUCAGCCACGCGGGGAAGUGCUUCACCCUACACCCCACCGCCCCAGCCUCAUGUCUCCCUCCAACUCGCGUCCUAAUGAUAUCCUGCAGGACUCCACGUCAAUGGAUGAUGAAGAGGGAGGGCAGAGUGAUAAUGACCUGAAUAAUAGUCACUCCGAGGGUUCUAUUGCCCCACAGAAAUCCAUAUCAAAGCUCCCGUCCAGGAUUCCGGCUCUUCGUGGUAGCUCAGAGGCAGCUUAUGGGGGUUUGAAGGGCCCUUACCGUGACCCACACUCCCCUAGUCAGUCUACACCCCACGCUGAUACCAGAGUCCCUACCACCUCUCCCUCCGCCACCAUGUCACAUGAUAACACAAGGCCAGCCGAACAGCCUCAUCAUGAGCCUCAGUCCCAUUUACACACCCCAUCAAGGCUACAGGCUCCUGGCAGCAUAGCAAGAACCCCAGGGAUGACCCAGGAGCAUAAACUUACCCCAGACUCAAAGAUCCCAAGCCUGAACUCUUCUGCUCACCCCCAGGACAGGCCAGGACUGGAGACAAGAAUACCAACCCUGGGGAACAUCGGGCGCUCCCCCAGUGGGCUGACCAGGGAUGUACACUCACCACCUCAGGAGUCGCAGAAACCAGUGGACUACCGCUCGUCAAGUGAACAAACUGAGUCCAGAAUACCAAUGAUGGGUGUGCCAGGUCACACCCCAGUGGAGCCAUUUAGCAAGGCAGUGCGACCAAGCCCAGGCGACACCCCGAGAGGGUAUGCCAGCAGCCACGGUAAAGCCCCCACCUCAAUCCCACAGGCAGGAGGUGGAGGGGGGUCAGGCAUACCUACACUAGCCUCACAGGGAAGAAGCAACAGUGGGCUUGGGGCUAACCACUCUGGAGGCCUGGCAGGGAAGACACACCCCAGCACCCCCUCCUAUGGGUACUCUAAGAUGCCCACUGCAGCACCCACCACUACAGAUGGUACUCACAUUCCUCACUCCAAACUCCAGUCCCCGGCGUACUCCACUGGCAUCCGUCCCCCUUCCAUCCACCCCACACAGUCCCCACCUAGUCAGCCGCCAUCCCAGCCGCCCCACAGCCACAGGCGCCAAGGAUACAGCUCUGGGAUUCGGCCGCCAGCGAUCAACUCCGCCAUCAACACCCCUGGCAUCCCCAUCCCCUCCCCUCUGGCCACCCCCGGCUCCCGAGGCUCUGUCACCUCCACUGGUUCUGCCUCGCGCAUUCCACACGCUGCAGGGCUCUCCUCCAAGAUCCCAGCACCCGGCGGCAGCAAGCACCGGGUGUCCCCCUCGCCCGGCUCCCCCACGCCCCAGCAGCAGUCACCCCUGGACCCCGGCAAGGCCAACCACCACCACUCGGCCUGGAUGUUUGGCCAGCACAAGAACGCCCGAGUGGUAUGUCACAAUUUCCCAGUGAUGAUUGAGAAGAAUCCCGACCUGGGCUUCACGAUAGGGCAGUCCAAUGCAGACCCUGAUGAUAAGAGCAUUUACGUGAUGAGCGUGGCGGGCGGCGGGGCAGCCUCGUCGGCCCUCAAGGUGGGGGACAAGCUGCUGCAGGUGGACGGUGUGGACCUACGCCAGGCCGACCUACACAAGGCCAUGGCGAUCCUGCACAACACACACAGCACCGUCAGUCUAAUGGUGUCCCGUCUGCAGUGAGGGAAGGGGCGUAACAAUACCACAUGAGAGAGAGAGAUGCAUACUACAGUUAAGCUUGCAUACAUACCACAUAUUACACACCUCUUUUACCUUCUCAGCACUUGGCAUGGACAGUCUUAUGGUGUCUUGUUUACAGUAGGAAGGGGACAUUACGAUACCACAAACGUACCAACAUAGCAUAUCUACAAACCAUAUAUAUAUAUCUCUUACAUAUACACACAUAUUUUACCUUUACAGCAUUCAGCACCUUCAGUCUCAUGGUGUUUUGUUUUCAGUGGAAGGAGGACAUAAUAAUACCACAAACAUACCAUGAGGGAGAAAGAUGCAUAGUAUAUUUAAGCAUAUCUACAAACCACAUAUAUAUACCUUUUACAUAUGCACACAUAUACCUUUUCAGCACUCAGCACAGACAGUUCCAUGGUAUUUUGUCUGCAGUAAGAAAGGGACAUAAUUAUACCACAUAUAUAUAUCCUGAGGGAAUGAGAUUAAUACUACACUUAAGCUUCCAUACAUACCACAUAUAAACACAUAUUUUACCUUCAUAGCACUCAGUACAGACAGUCUUACGGUGUCUUGUCUGCAGUAGGUAAGGGACAUAACAAUACCAUAUAUAUACCAUGAGGGAGAGAGAUAGGUAUACAUAAGCAUAUAUACAUUCCACAUAAGAGCAUAAGGAGCCUGCAAGAAAUCACACUCUCAUAUUUUCAGCACAGUCAGUUUCAUUGUUUCCACAGUAAGCAAAAGGAACAAGAAUACAAAUAGCACAGGCAUGUCAUGAGGAAGACAUAUAUAUACACCUUCAAGCAUACAAUCUUACCACUUAAACAGAUCUUUUUGCACUGCACCUCUCAGCACCAUUAGCUUAUAUAUAUACAGACACACCCUUCUAACAUGCUCACAGCCACAGCCACCAACCAUACCGCAAGCAGGUGACAAAAGUAAUGAUAGGUUUAAGUAACAUAAAUGCCUGGAAAGUAUUCAGAAUAUUUAUAUACAGACCUCAUUUUGUAAACAGUAGAGAUAUUUACAGAUACUGACAAACACAGAGGUAAUGAGACAAGCUAACCAUGAGACAUAUAUGUAGACGAAGACACAUAGAGGCAUAUAGAGAACAGACACAACAUUAGAGAAAUACAGGAAUACAGAAACACAGAUGGGAAGGCUACAAGGUUACCCCAAACCUAAUUUUUUUCCAAGAUUUAAGAAAUACAUAAUAACAAACACAGACAGGUAGGCCACAAGAAUAUCCUCAACCUAAUUUUUUUUCAAGUUUUAGGAAAUACAGAAUAACAGAAACACAGGCAGAGGCAGGUUACAAGAUUAUCCUCAACCUAAUUUCUUUCCAAGCUUUAAGAAAUACAGAAUAACAGAAAGACACAGACAAAGGCAGGUUACAAGACUACCCACACCCAAUUCAUACCCCAUUCCCCCCCACACAACUCCUCACUAAUUUUGCUUCUUGGGUUGACUCCGUUCCCUUCUCGGAGUUGCUUCAAAGGAAUCUCAACUCAUAAUACGGCACAGAAUGUUUCCUCGCGUGGGCAUUAUUACCUUUUUUGUACGUUCCUAGUGAUCCAGUGAGGUUGUUUAUCACCAUGAGAAUCGUAGCACAAAGUCUUCAAUUGAGUCGUGGAGGAAUUGAUAGGGCAUUGAAGUACAUUAUGAGGUGCUCUCUACUCCUUCCUCUACUUGCCUUGUAUACAGCAAUGGUAGCAGAGAUAUACAAACAUGCAGCACAAAAGUAUUAUCAGUCUUAGGAGGGACAUUUACGAGAUGAUGUGUGAGUCAUGUCCUUGUGUUUGGCUGGUAUUUGUUUUAUAAUUCAAUUUUUCUGCAGUUCAUAGUUUUGAUAUUACAAGUUAUUCAGUCAGUUUUCCCUUCGAGGGUUUAAAUAAUGUUUAUCAGGAAUGUUUCAAAAUGUAUCACUCAAUAUCUUAGUCUCUCUCUCUUGCACCAUAUUACUUUUCAAUUUUUCCACAGUUCAUGGUUUUAGUAUCACAAGUUAUUCAGUCAAUUUUCCUUUGAGUGUUUAACUAAUUAUUUAUUGUGAAUAUUUCAAAAUGUAUCACUCAGUAUCUUGGCCUCCUGUUAGGGCUAAAUGGAGUAUUAAAAAUGACUGUGUGUGUUUUGAAAGGGAAUUUGAUGUGGUUCGUGUGGACACAACUUUACAUAACAUUAUGCAAACUUUGAUGAGCACAGGGAUCAAAAGUAUCAAGUUUCUUGUGCCUAAUAACUGUGCCUUGACUGUGAGAGUGGUGAUUGUUUUUUGUUAUCCUUUUUUAGCUGUGGUUCAUGGGGUCAUAUUCUUAAACAUUUCUGCCCUCAAGCACACAUAUUUAACAAGGGUUUCAUAGGAGAUUGGGUCAUUUCCAGGGGCAGUCUUAUGAUCCUGGUAGUAGUUUGAUCCUAUUUGUGCAUCAUGAGCCUAAAAACCACUCAUGAGAACUGGAUUAAUCUCCUUUUUUAGCUGUGGUUCAUAGGGUCAUAUUCUUAAACACUUCUGCCCUCAAGCACACAUAUUUAACAAGGGUUUCAUGGAGUUCGGGUCAUUUCCAGGGGCAGUUUUAUGAUCCUGGUAGUAGUUUGAUCCUAUUUGUGCAUCAUGAGCCUAAAAACCACUCAUGAGAAUUGGAUUGAUCUCCUUUUCGUCCUGGCAAUGAUUGAUGUGAGAGGCAGAAGUGUCUGAGAAUACCAACCACCCAUAAUGUUUUGAGUCCCUUGUAAAGUGGCGACUAUUAUUGUUUUUGCCGCAGCUACGUGUUACUCUUUUUGCAGCUUCUCUCAGUAUUGCAGCGUUUUUACCACACCAUUUUAUGCAGCUCUUGUAACGUUUCCUUCCAGUGUUUUAUCGUUACGUCACAUUUUUGUAUCUACAGUGGCAGUCUCAUUUAUGCAGCUACAACGACAUUCCUUAGUAUAUUUAUUCCGCCCAUCUCAGCACUGUAGCAUUUGUCAGUGUUUACCAUUUAAUUAAGGCUGAUUUUUUUUCUAUUGCAGUUACUCCUAUUUUUUUGCUACGUUUUUAAUUUUGGGGAUUUUUCUGAGGUCCAUUUUUAGUGCAGCGACAGUCCUCAUACUUUUUCUGCUACAUUUUUCACUUGGAGCCUUUUUUUCUCUGGGUCUGGGCUGUUUUUGCUGCUCCACAGUGCCACACGUGAUGCCUUGUCCAAGUGCCGGGCUUUGAGUAGGUGCCAUAGCAGGAGGUGCCUCUUAUACCCCUUGUGUAGCUUUAUAUCCAGGUGCAUGUUUGUAAAAUCUGCACACUUUUCAUGCAUAUAUAUAUAAAAGGUCGUGUGUCGAAGGCUUAUAGGGAUUUUUACGGAGGAGAUUUACUCAUCCUCUCUUUUCUCUAGGAUUCAGAAUCACAACGAAUAGUUUUAUGUUCUUUUCUAACUCGCUAUCCAGAUAAAUGAAGCGGUGAAUGGUUAGUUUGAUGUGUUUGGUGUGGAGAUGAAUGGGAAGUGCAGUUUGUUUCUCCAGUGUCCUUUCCUCUCUCACUACCGUCGUAAAUGGAGCAGAAAGUAGAAAGUUGUUGCUGUCGUAACGAAGGAGUAUUGUAGUUUGCAUUUGUGUCAUGACCAGCUUUCACAGAUUAGCACAUACCCAGCGUGUUGUAUGCUACAGUGUCUGACCCAUAACUAAUGCAAAACCCCUCCAUCAAUAAUGAUUUUAACACUAACUUUAAAUGAGUAUCUGUGUUUGUGCAAUAAUUUUUAACCUGAAGCUGGCAAAUACGAUAUGCUGAGUAUGAGGAUCUGGCAGUGUUGGUUAUUAGCAAUGAAGGAUGAGGAGAAAAGGUUGAGUGAAAAGUUUAUAUUUCUUGAUGUCAGUACCAGUGGAAGGAAGAUUUGAGACUAACGCUCGAUUAUGAAUUUUUCUGAGGUUGGUGUUGGUAGCUAUUCCUUUUUAACAUUCCAUCUUUGGGGUUUUGCGAGAGGUGGGUGUCAGGGUGUCAUAAUAUUCACCCUUUUCCACUUUCUCUCAAGUUUUGGGUGUUUUUUGUCAUCUUCAGGUGCAUGUUUUGGUGUUGUCAGGGGGAAGUUCAUGGUUUGCAACAGAGCUCGGUGUCCGGCACACUCUAUGCAUAUUACUGAAUGCACUCGUGUGAUUCCCUGCAUAUCUGACGUGCCUUAUGUAGGAAGUGUCGCGGUACAAAUCUGGCACGAGGUGUUGGCGUGUUGCUUUCCAAAGUGACACGUUCUGAAAAUAUUUUUGUAUUUAUGCAAUGACUAUUCUUUGUCUGUUGAUGUGAAACCAAAGUACGAUUGCAUUGGAAGGAUCUCUCCAUGUAAUAGCUUAACCCAUGGAAAUUUUUGUUAUGAUGUAAGGUAAAAAGUAUAACAUAGUGUGUACUGUUCUCGUAGCUUGUAUUCUUGAUGUGAAACCAAAGUAUUGCAACUGAAGGCACUAUUUGCAGCAUAAUGUGUUUUUAGAUCUAAUUUAAAAGUAUUUAAUUCCAUACACAUUACCACCAGUUUUAAUCAAUGGAGAUAAGCAAGUACAAACGCUGAACAAAUGGCGCAACAUUCCAUACGCUGUAGAAGGGAUUGUGUUCUCAUGAUGUUGGCUGCAGAGUUAAUGUUGGCUGCAAAGUACUUGGGUUGAUGAUGUGGGGUGAGAUGUGAGGGACAGCAUGUUAACACCCAUCUCAGAGCACCGGUGUAGUAGACAGGAACUAGUAGGUACCAGGAAAGGGGUGUUGGCCUAGGCACAUGCACCCUGCCAGUUAGUCCUCGUGCCAGGAACAAAACUUAGGGAAAAUUUAAUAGAAGAUAAGAAAUUAAAUAAAAACAGAAGAAACAGUAAGAAAAAGGGAAAGUUAAGCUGAAAUAUACAGAUUAACUUAUUGUCUGGAAAUUUAGGGGAAGAAGAUAAGAAGCUAAGUUAAAUGAAAAAAAAGAAGAAACAGUAAGAAAAAAGGAAGAUUAAGCUGAAAUAUACAGAUUAACUUAUUGUCAAAGUACGGAAUGGUGUUUAUCUUGACAGUAGCUCAUUUUUAUAACGUUGCAAUUUCCCCAAGUGUUUCUGUGUGCUAUGAGUGCUAGUUGGAACAGUGCAUAGGACCUGGCAAAUGCUCCCUCCCAUAUGCAUGAUGUAAAGUAAUGAUAUAUUUGAUCUCAUUGGUAGAUGCAGAGUACUAUAAAGAUUUAAGGCAUAUGUAGCAUUGCAUUAGGGAUGUGUUUAAGAGACUUGGUGGGUUGUAAGGAAGGUGUCUACUGUAGGACGUCAAGAAACUCGCAAUUGUAGAUAACCUCACAAGAGGCGUAGGUAGGUUUGCACGGCUAAGGAGGAACAAUGGACGUGGUGGGUUGUAAUGAUGCUGUUGUACAAUGUUGAACUACACAAACUCAGUGGAUGAAUGCAAUGGAUAAGGCUGUAAGAGAGGAGAGGCUUGAAUGGUUGUAAGGAAAGUACCGUGGAAGAAAAAGAAUCUUAGGUGUUACUGAAAAGACACAAUGAAGAGAGGGAGCUUUUUCUUCAGUAGAUAAAAAAGGUAAUGGAAAAGGCUGUAAGAGAAGGUAGGCUUGUUUGGUUGUAAGGAAAGUACCGUGGAAGAAAAAGAAUCUUAGGUGUUACUGAAAAAACACAAUGAAGAGAGGGGAACUUUUUCUUCAGUGGAUAAAGGUACAUAAUGGAUAAAGCUGAAAGAGACUAUAAGCUUGAAUGGUUGUAAGGAAAGUACUUUAGGAGAAAAAGAAUCUUGUGUAUUACUGAAUAGACCCAAUGAAGAAAAGGGAACAUUUUCUUCAGUUAGUUUGAUAGAAUAACAAACUCAAUGAUCUAAGUGGUAAGAGAGGAUAGGCUUGAAUGGUUGUAAAGAAAGCACUGUGGGAUGAGAAGAAUCUGAUGUAUUACUGAACAGACACAAUGAAGAGAAGGGAACAUUUUCUUCAGCUAGUUUGAUAGAAUGACACUCAAUGAUCAAAUGUGAGUGGUAAGAGAGGAUAGGCUUGAAUGGUUGUAAAGAAAGCACUGUGGGAUGAAAAAAAUCUCAUGUAUUACUGAACAGACACAAUGAAGAGAAGGGAACAUUUUCUCCAUCAAGGCGUUUGUUAGUUUGAUAGAGUAACACAACAUGCCUUCCGUGUUUGACGUGUUUACCUCGGGAUUAUAUUACGGUGCAACUAUUUUAUUCAGAGUGCAUUUGGUGGUUCUUUGUAUCAGUGUGUGUUUAGGAAGCCGAGAUAAUGAUGGCACAGGUUCGUAUAAAGUAAUGAAGGCGUAAUCUGUUGUUUCCUAUGUCUUACUGUAUGGAAUUAUAACUUGUACUACCUUUUCAUAACUGUAAGGCAAACGUUCUUCGUCUAUGGUUGCUAUAAUGAGGUAAUAAUGGGAGAUAUCAAAGGCACAGGUUCGUAUAAAGUAAUGAAGGCGUAAUCUGUUGCUUUCCUCAAUCUUACAGUAUGAAAUUAUAACUCGUACUACCUUUUCAUAACUGUAAGGCAAACGUUCUUCGUCUAUGGUUGCUAUAAUGAGGUAAUAAUUGGAGAUGUUAACACAGGUUCUUAUUAUGAAGGAGUAAACUGGUGCUCUCCUCUAUCUUACUGUAUGAAAUUAUAACUCAUACCACCUUUUAAUAACUGUAAGGUGAACAUUCUCCCUCUAUGGUUGCUAUAAUGAGGUAAUAAUGGGAGAUAAUGGCACAGGUUCUUAUAAUGAAGGAGUAAUAAUCUGGUGCUUUCCUAUAUCUUACAGUAUGGAAUUAUAACACUACCUACCUUUUUUUUCAUAAUUGUAAGGCGAACAUUCUCCCUCUAUGGUUGCUAUGAUGAAAUGUAAGUUGUAUCUCACCAAAUGACUCAUAUACACAAUACACUCUUGGCUGCUGUUUUUAUUAUACUGCGGAGAACAGUCUGUCCAGCGGGUGUGGCUGGUACCAGAGGCUUUCAGUUCCUCUAAGGCUAAGGCUGCUGUGUCUAGUGUUAUUGGACCAUAGGUAGGCUUUAAUAAAUACUUAAUGUGGUGUGUUGGGCCGCACACGGACGCACACACAUACACAACACGGCCUUGCGUGUGUGUGUGUGUGUGCAUGCCUUGUUUCGUUGCGGGUAGUGCUGCUUUAGUUUGUGUGCUGUUUAGCUUUCCUCUCUGCGGUGCGUAGGCUUGGAGGCAGUGUGUGGCGGCGGCAUAAGUAGCUUAGGCUCGGUGACAUGCAUUCCAGUCCCUACUCGGCUGUACCCUCUGUCGAUCAAUUUGUGGACGUGCGGAGAAAAAAUUAUCUGUAUGCCAACACUUAAUAUAUAUAUAUCUAUAUUUUUGUAUUAGUGAACGAUGGCUAUUAAUUAGGAAUAGAUUAUAUAUAUCAAUAUUUAUUAGGAAGUAGUUAAUGGUAGGGAGAACAGCCAUUUUCUCUAAAAAAAACUGAGAAAAGUAGUUUUUGAAAAUGUGAAACACUUCAGAAGACUCAAAACCACCCAGACUAAAGACUGGGUGUGCACAGACAUCUCAAAAUUACUCAAUAUUAACAGAUGAACUUGAGAAUUUGUAGAUCAAAGACUUGUGUACCUAAGGAAGUGGUGCUUGCUUGUUCAGAAUUAAUGUUAAGUGCAUUGGCAAGCUGUACAAGUGCUGGGAACAUGAAGUAGUUGACAAGGUUGAUGAUAAGUUAGUUAUUGUAAUCUUAUGCACUCAUGUAAUUGCCAUAGUUGCCCUCUUGUAAUGCCAUAGUGAACGUGACAAAUUAGUUCUUACCCUGGGAAGUAGAUAGCGGGGGUCCCGGGCCCCCAACAACUAGCUACAUAGUGUUUGAACGGUUGUUGUCUCAUGGUGACCUGCAGUCUACCUUGCUUGAGGGGGUGCACAGACUCAACCCCUUGUCAUAUCGUAGGAUCAUUAUGCAAAGAGGAUUUGAGACAACUAUAAUUUCCUGACUUAGAAUCUGUUGGGUGAGUUAGUGUCACUCAUUAACCAUUUAGCACUCUAUGGCUCACUGAUUUCCCCUAAGAGCUGAGAUCAAGUUUCCUAGCAUGCAGCUGUGCCCUGAGGUAAUGGCAGCCGAUAGAUUCACUUGGUUUUCAUAUAGUAGUUUUAACUUUGUGAAUCUUCAUUGUUUUCCUAUUUCAUGUUGAAUAUAAAGCUUCAGCAAGUUUUAAUCUUAGUUCUCUUAUUGUUUCUGAAUGUUUUGCUCAUCUGAGUAGUUAUGUAUAUGUAUUCAGUUCCAGAUAAGAGCUGUGAGUAGUCACUAGGUAUAAGUACAUGAAGGUAACUACUAGAGGAUAUCUGCUGCAGCUUUGUAACUGUGCUUAACUAGCGUGUAGUUGAUGUGGCAGGGUGUUUUGUUGGCAACUAACCACCACUCAACCAAAAUAUUCUCAACACGACAGCUCCAGCAGGCAUAUGAGUCAGUGAGAAGGGGGGGAAGGGAGACGAUGAGGUAUUUUAAGUCAAUUGGCAGAACAGAAAGUAGGAGAAUGUUGAUGUUCUCCUAUCACUAUCUUUGACCACCGUUGUCCGGCUAAGUUCCAUCUGCCCUUUGAGCUUUCCUGAAGGAGAUGAGAGAUUAACGAUAAUGUAAAAUGAGUUAAACAGCAGUAUGAAAAGGAGAGAGAGGAAAACUUAGAUGCUGUCGUAUUAUGUGUACGACCUCAGCAUAUUAAUCUGUCUGCCUGUCUAUCCAUCCAUGACCCUGAACUGACCUGCCUUGACCUGUUGCAUUAUGUACCUGUAACCUGCCCGCACCUUUCCAUCCCGUGGCGUCAGAGUCUCGUUAAGGAAAUGGUCGCAGCGUGGAGUGGCAUUUCCAUAAGUGUGCUCUGUGGGGGUGGCUUUGUUGACCCUUAGACGGCGAUGGAACUAUAUACAUACAGUCCAAAAUUCAGUCAGUCAGUUUUGUGUGGCAGAAAUAUAACAACACUUCCAGAUUGCAGUAGAAUCUAUAUACAGACGAUAGUUAAAACACCCCUUAUGCGGCGUAACUAUCUUCAUGCUAUGUUGCUAAGGGCGGCAGUGACUGUAUAUAGAUGAUUCAUUUUUGGGAGCUACUCUUCAAAUACUGCCGCCGUCUAAGGGUUAGGGGCCAUCCGAGGUGCCAGUGUAGUCCGUACGUUGUAGCCUGAACUAAAGAGUGCUAAGAGAAGGUUGCUGCUGAGGUGCAUGGUAAUGUUAUCCUUACCUUUUUUGUACAUACACAUUCCCAUUUUUUUGUUAGUACACUUAUUGCACAUUUAUUUAGAUUUUUCACUUUUAUGUAUUCCUCGUAUUAUUAAAAAUUCACCCCUAUUUGCAGUUCUUUUUUUAAUGGUUUGUAGAUAUUAUUACUCCUUUUUUUUAUAUAUAUGCUGCCCACAAUGUCAUUCAUUUUCCGAUAUAUUAUAAUUUGGUGGUGUUUGAUUUUUUUUUGUUCCCUCCAGUGAUAACUAUAUGUUUGUCAGUGCAUGAUUGAAUAUAUUAUUGUGUAUUUUU